AUGCAGUGUGGGAGAAUACUUGUGAAUUUUCACGUCGCUCUCAAACAUCAUAAGAUGCCGCCAAAAAAGAAGUCGAAGCUCUUCAAUGCUCGGCGAAUUAUCGUCCAAAAUACCGACGAUGCUUUGAAGGACGGCCGAAUUAACGUUCCGGCUUUCGUCAAUGCUAGACAGCGAGAAAUCGAGAAACUCGCGACCGCCAUGCAAUCGUCGAGAACAGCAGCCUCUCAACGAUCUUUCCAGUCUCUACCUCGAUCCCUGAGACGAAGAGCCGCCUCACAUGAUGUCAAGCGGAUCCCAAAAAGACUCAGAGCCCGAGCUCGUCAGGAAAUGGCUAAUGAUGACCCCAGUUGUCAUACCAGAGCUGCCACAGGAAAGAACAAGAUUGGAAAGCUGAGAGGGCAUAAACGGCUGCUGGCGAUCCUGGACCAGAGAAAACACGUGGUUGGAGACAGACAAAAGAAUGCUACUCCGAUGGCCUUGUUGCAACCUAAGGAUGUCACUGGAAAGGAUCAGACAGCUACCCCUCCAGUGGGAAAGCUGCGAUUCGAACAUAGACAAAAGGAUAAGACCUGGCUACCCACUCACGUGUGGCAUGCGAAGAGAGCACAUUUUGAGAACCGAUGGGGCUUCUCAAUCCCAGAAAAGCCAUCGCAAAAGUGCUACAGAAAGACACACAGAGGAAUAAAGCACGAAGGAGCUACAGUAUGGGACUCUUCAUACACCGCUACGUUCAGAAUCGAAGCUACCACUGAGUACCUAAAACAGCUCAUGGCCGGCUGGUUCGGCAAAAAGGUGCUUAGAAAACGCUAUGUUUCAGGCGAAUACUGCUUUUCUGGAGAAAUCAAGCCCGAGGAGGUAUCCCUAGGCCCUGCCCAGGUACUCUGGGAGUCUGAGUCUUCUGUGAUCCUCAGAGUUCACCCUUGCAUGACCUCCAUGGUUCUACCUCUGCUGAACAAGGAGCGGCUGGAAAACGCCUCUCACAAGUUCCAUUAUACUGAUCUGAGAUACGCUAUUGGAUCGAUCGGCAUUGGCGGCCCCAAAGCUUUGCAGGUGCUCAACACAGUAUUGUGCCCUUCCGAUGAGCGAAGUUCUAGUGCCAAGAUGUUCAGAUCACUCUCUUACCUGGCCACACUUGACAGCCUUCCUGAAAAUGCCGUUAUGAAUCUGAGGGUGCAUGACCCUCGUCUGCAUCCUGCCAAGCUCAAGCUACCUCGAACCAGCAACGAGCAGAGCAUCAUGGAGACUCUAAUAGCCUGGCCAGGAGCUUUAGUCGAGGAAAACAAAACUAACGGAAACUUCACCGUGUUCUCAGGGGAGGCGCGACAAGAGAGUUAUGCCAAACAGAUGUCUCUCAAGGGCAUCAACCAGCACAGAACUAACAAGCUGAGAGGACAAGAAGACGGAAAGACAAAGGCGGAGAUACCUAUCACCAUUAUUCGGAAUGGUGCACACCUCUCGAUCCUUCUGCCCUGGUUCUGGGUUCUCCCUGUGUGGUUUGCUCUUAAUCACAUCCCCUGUGUGUCAUUUAUUGGGUAUCAGCAAUUGCAUCAGAUUGCCUAUGAAACUGGCAAGCCUUUUUUCCCCAACGAUUACCCCCAGACCGAGGCCGGUCAGGCUGCCGAGGUAUUCAGAGGAAUGGGGCUCGAGCAGAAAUACAAUCGAACCCCGCCUGCCAAGCGAGUAUCGUAUUAUGCUGAGCUUGGAAACGCCUUUGUGUGCGACUGGUCGCUGCUCAAGACAAACGAGCAAGAGACCGACGUUGGAGUCGCCAACAAUCUCAAGCGAGUCAGCGUUAAGUAUCUGCACAGAGGAACUCCCUACGAUCGAGCUCGCAUCUAUAGAAUUCCUGAGGAUAAGAAGCAGCAGUGGCUCGAUGCCCGAAAGCUGGACCCUGAGAAUGUCGAUGACUACCCAAUUUGUCCUUCUAGAGAGCAUCUGAUUGGCUUUGUGACUACUGGCGAUGUCAAUCUUCAGGAAGGAUGUGGUUUCGGCAUAGGUAGUGUUAUCACCAUCCCUGAGGACGAUCUGGUGGUUGUUCGAAACUGUGGACAAGGAGUCGGUCGGGUUGCUAAAAUUGAACUGAUUAAAUAG